AUGGCCGACGUCCCGCAGCUGAUCAGAAUCGGGAUUUCUCUCAAGAUGCUGCCCAACAACAGCGCGGUGUACUUCAAGUCGGACGGAGCCCGGUUCGGCCAAACCAGGACGAUCAAACUGUUGACGGGGUCCAAGUACAAAAUCGAGGUGGUCGUCAAACCCGGAGCAGUGGAAGCCACGUCAAUGAGCGUGGGUGGAGUGACCUUCCCACUGGAGCAGCAGUCCAAAGACCCCCAGUCAGUGGUGUACACGGGGCAGUACGACACGGAGGGGGUCGCACACACCAAGAGCGGGGAGAGGCAGCCAGUGCAGAUCAGCAUCCAGUUCUCGGAGGCAGGCCUGUUUGAAACGGUGUGGCAGGUGAAGUACUACAACUACCACAAGAGGGACCACUGCCAGUGGGGGAACAGCUUCCACAGUAUCGACUACGAGUGCAAGCCCAACGACACGCGCACCCUCAUGUGGGUCAACAAGGAGAUGUUCGUGUGA